ACAUAUUAUAGUCGCAUGGGUUUCUGAAGUGUUCUGUAUGUCUAAACUGACCCUAGCGACUUGCUGUAGAAACGUCACCGGCAUAACAGAGAAAACAUGGAGAGUGGACAGAGAAAACGUAGCACUCGUUCCUUAAAAUCUGGAAUAAAGGGUGGGAAUGCCGUUUCCUCUCUGGCUGCUAUAGAAGAAACAAGGAGAGGGAUAGUGACGGAGACCCUGAGAGAGAAGCUCGAACUAGAGAAGAGGGCCCUGCAGGUGGUUGAGCGUCUAUUAGAGGAUAGCGUGGCAGAUGACGUUCUAGUCGAUUGUGCUAGGUUGAUUACCACUGGUGAUUACAAAGACACAAUUGAGGAGAGAGCCAUAGCAAAACUGUGUGGCUAUCCUGUCUGCUCCAGUAAACUGGGCAAUGUUCCUCAUCAAAAGUACAACAUUUCCACCAAGACCAAUAAAGUCUAUGACAUUACUGAACGAAAGUGCUUCUGCAGUAACUUCUGCUUCAAAGCCUCCAAAGCUUUUGAGCUGCAGAUACCAAACAUCCCUCUAUGGCUGAGGCACCAUGAGAAUCUUCCAGAAGUGAUUCUAAUGAAGAGAGGGGAUAGGUAUGUCUAUUUUGGCCUCUUUGAGAAUGUAGAUGCUUCUGUAGUUCCUUCCAGUAAUGCUUGGUGGAUUUAUAGUCUCUCCUCUCUCUCCCCUGCUUGCAGUGGGAGUCCUGGAGAGGAGGUGAAGCUAAGGGCAAGGCGUCUCAAAGAGCAGGACAUUGAAAACCCGCUGCUCCCAGUGGACUCCGAGGCCCCUGGAGACCCCAGGCGCUCCCCUCUUGGACUCAGCCACAGUGACAGCAGUGACGAAGAGCAGGACUUUGGCUCCAGUGGGGUUUCCCAAGCACCCGGACCUAGGGUACACUGGGGCGAGCUGCCCCCCAAAAAACCUGGCGAGACUAAGCUCCAAAAAGUUGGAAGGGCUAAUGUCUGCGGAGGGAGUAGAGAGGAAAAGGAGGAAGGAAAGACUGAGGAGGAGUCUGAGGAAUCCGAAACAGGGAGGCGCAUGGAGUCUGAUGGACCCCGACGUCCCACAUCAGGGGCUAGGCACCCCAGUGAGCAGCCACUUCUCCUGGAGGAGAGAGGCUCCCCAGAGGGACAGUCUGUGGAAGAGGCUGCUGAUCUGCUGAGACACUGCACCAUGCAGGACAGGCGAGCAGUCACGGCCGAUCCUCCUGUACACAGGGACACAACCCCAACACAGUGUAGACAGGAAGGUCCCCCGGAACCAACACCUACACCACACAAUAACCUCCCUGCAGCAUCAUAUCCCCUGCCCGGCCUUGACAUCACCCAGGUGGGCAUGAGCAGGAGAGGAGCGUCUGGACUCCGUGGUCUCCUGAAGACUGAGAUACUGACUGACUUGAUCCAUGUCAACCUUUUAGAAGGCCUGAGCAGGACCUUCAGCGAGUGGAGGACUGAAGAAACAAUGAGGUUCCUAUAUGGUCCAGACCACAACUCUAACCCACCACUGACAGAAAGACAGGUGAAGAUGGAGAAGGAGGAGGAAGAGGAGCUGGAUGAAGAUGAUCUGGACGAUGUGGUGGAAGCCAAGGGCCAGGGGGGAGAGCCUGGGCACCAAGGAGGGGCUUGGAGACCCUCGGCUCCUGUCCCAGACUACCACACCCUGCGUAGGCACACGGAGGAGCAGGAACUGAGGGUGAAAGAGUUCUACAAAGGCACAUAUGAUCUGCCUCAGAAUGUUGGGCAUGGAGACUCAGAGGACAAGGCUGGGAAGGAUCUAUCUCUCCCUCUGGUUGACUCUCAUGCCCAGCACCUCAUCCAGAAGCGUAUAGCCGUUGAGAAACUCACAAGAAGUCUCGGAGUUGUUCUGGGACCGCUGUGUCUCACCAUGAGUGACGUCUUCAGUGACCUCAGCAGUCUGGUCCGGACCUUCAGAUUCACCAAUACCAACAUCAUUCACAAAACCCCCGAGUGGACCCUGAUUGCUGUGGUGCUCCUCCAUGUGCUAUCGGAAGUGUCUCCAGAGGUACAUAAAGCCCUUGAGAGCCCAGGGUCUGUAGAGUACCUCUCUACUCUUAUGGACGAACUCACCAUCAAUGCUCAGGACCUGCAGAGCUUAGUACAGCUGCUCAAGACCCCAGCCCACUGACACACAUACCAAAUUUAUGAUAUUAUUUAGAGACCUCCGGGGGCUUGUGCAGUUAUGUGGUGUACUGAACAACUGUAUAAUGGAAUAUCUUGUGUUUAUAUUCUUUGGUUCUUAACUAAUUUACAAAUAUUUUUCAAAAUAUUAAACUUGGACUUGUGCAUGUGUUAAGUUCUUCCAAGUUUAGUAGAUCAGGUCUUUGCAGUCUCUUCUGUUUUUAUGACUUUGACUAUAAUGCCUAAUCACUGUGUACACAAUCUGUGAAUAGAUGUCUAAAUCAGAAGAGUUUAAAACACCACAUGUUAAACCUAUACCCUGUCUCUGUACAACCUAAUAAAUUACACUGGUUUUCCACUGUAUAAAAAUGUCUGUCCUUCUCGAUUGCCUUUUAGGCUAUCUUUUAAAUGAUUGGACAAUAAGGGUGACGCUAUUUUCCUCCGAACUUCCUUCACAGGAACUUUAUGGUGUCAUAAUUUAAUUUGUUUGAAGUGUGUUAACAAAGCUUGGGUCAGAACAUAUUUGGUUUAGACCAGCUGGCGUGCACAGAGUAAAAUAAAACGAGGCCUAUAACUUUCAAGUUUCAUGUCAUUAAGUUGAAAGAUGUGUUUUUUGUUAAGAAAAUAGUUUAAUAUGAAUGAGCCUUUCAGUGUUAGUAGACUACUUUCAACAAAUGUAUAUGUUGAUUUGACCACGGUUAUGAAGCAAUCGAUAUGGCUCAUUUCUUGUUAAGACAUUUUCUGGGGGGGUUUUUGCCAUAAAAAAAACGAAUGGGUU